ACUCUCAGCUCUCUUUUAUUUACACAGCUUCACGUUGAAGACGAGUUUCUCUAUUUGCCAGAUCUGUUUGUCUUUCACUCUUCAUUUCCAUCAUAAACCCUUCACAUUUCUGAUCUGUUUGAAGCAAGCUAUGAUGACUUGUGUUUGUUAGAGAGAAAGAAAAAAGGAACACUUUUUACUAAAGAUACUUGCUUUUUUGGUUUGUUCUUGAUUGUUGCCACGAAAAUGGCAAUGCCACCGGGAAAUGUUACUACUCCGUCUGAGAAAUUGCAGUUUCCUCCUCCUCCUGCUAAUUGGAUCCCAGACGAGCGAGAUGGGUUUAUCUCUUGGCUUCGUGCGGAGUUUGCUGCGGCUAACGCGAUCAUCGAUUCUUUAUGUCAACAUCUACAAGCAAUUGGGGAUCACAACGAAUACGAGUCUGUGAUCGGAAGCAUCCAUCACCGUCGUUUAGGCUGGUCUCAAGUUCUUACUAUGCAGCAGUUUUUCCCAGUUGCAGAUGUUUCUUACAAUCUUCAACAGAUUGCUUGGAAAAGGCAACAGCAAAUGCCACCUCAAAGGCAUUACAAUUCUGAUCAGGUUGGGAAAUUUGGAGGAAGGAGAUCAGGGCCUGGGUUUAACAAGCAUCAUGGUGGUGGUUACAGAGGAGCUGAUUCAAUGGCGAGAAAUGGGCAUAACUCCUAUUCGAAUUCGGAUUUCCAUAGCGUUAGCAGUGAUCGUGUUGAGCAUCGGGAGGAAGCUAAGCUAGCAAGUGAUGUUAAGGCAUUGUCUGUUGCAGAAGAGAAGAGAGAGGGUAGUGAGAAACCGAAGAGUGAUAGUAAAGUCGGGAAAAAAUUGGAAAAAUCUGAAACUCAAGAGGAGAUAGUGAACCAUAAGUGUAACUCGGCUUCUAAAGAUAACAGUCUCAGUUCUGAGCAAAAGGAGGAGGAGAAAGAUAAAGAGUGUCCUGCAAGCAUGGCAAAGACUUUUGUGGUCCAAGAGAUGUAUGAAGCGAAAAUGGUUAAUGUUGUCGAAGGAUUGAAGCUAUACGACAAAAUGCUUGAUGCAAAGGAAGUUUCUCAACUCGUUUCACUUGUAAACAAUCUGAGACUUGCUGGAAGAAGAGGUCAACUUCAAAGUGAGGCGUCGUAUGUGGGUUAUAAACGGCCAAAUAGAGGGCACGGACGUGAGAUGAUCCAACUCGGUCUUCCCAUAGCUGAUACGCCGCCUGAUGAUGAUAGUAUCAAAGAUAGAAGAAUAGAGCCAAUCCCAUCAGCUCUUUCAGACAUCAUUGAACGUUUGGUCUCAAAGCAAAUCGUACCUGUGAAACCAGACGCUUGCAUCAUUGAUUUCUUCAAUGAGGGAGAUCACUCGCAGCCUCAUAUGUUUGUUCCCUGGUUUGGACGACCCAUCAGUGUCUUGUCCUUGUCUGAAUGCGAUUAUACAUUCGGAAGAGUCAUUGUCUCUGACAAUCCCGGCGACUACAAAGGCUCUCUCAAGCUGUCUCUCUCUCCCGGAUCGGUUCUUUUGGUGGAAGGCAAAUCCGCAAAUCUUGCCAAGUAUGCAAUUCACUCAACCCGAAAGCAACGGAUACUCAUCAGCUUCAUCAAAUCUAAACCGAGAAACUCUGUAACUGGAUCUAACUGGGGACCACCGCCUAGCAGAUCGCCAAAUCACCACAUCCGUCACCCAACUGGCCCACCUAAACACUACCCUGUUAUCCCGUCCACCGGUGUCUUGCCCACUCCAUCUCACCGCCCACCAAAUGGAGCUGCUCAGCCGAUUUUCAUCCCCCCUUCUCCUCCACUUGUCGCUCCAAUGCCGUUCCCAGGUGGUGUUCCACCCGGGCCAACGGUCUGGCCACUGCUGCCACCUCAUCCACGACACCAGCCUCCACCACAACCUCGAAUGCCCAUCCCAGGCACUGGUGUGUUCCUCCCACCCGGUUCAAACCAAGAACUGGUUACACAAGGCUCCCUAGAGAAAACCGACAACAGCAACACUGCAGAAGGAAAGUUAGAUGUGAAGACGAAAGAAGAAGCUCGUAACGGAAUUGCUGGAGGGGAAUGCGAUGGUAGCAACGGGAAACAGAGCAAUUAGUAGCUGAAGAAGAGAAGAUAGAGCAAAGAGAGAAACUAGUUUUUGGGAGAUGAAAUCUGAGGUGCAGUUUAUAAACUGUAAAAAGAGCG